GAAGGAGCCCAAACUCCAGAGAAGAUAGUUCUUUAAGACCGAUCUUCCGGCCUGAGCAGACAAGCCUCUCGCGCGCUCUCACAGGCUCGCGGCUGCUUUGAUCUUCCCUUAACAACAGUCACGUCAUCGGGGAGUUUUGUCAAGCGAGACUUUUAGAGGGUUCAGCAGAGGCACCAAAGCAUCCACGGGACCAGUGUCCGAGACGAGAUCCAGUUUUACUCCCCUUUGUCACCGCUGCAACACUGAAGACAUGGAACACCAAUUGUUUUGCUGUGAAGUGGAUACCAUUAGAAGAGCUUACCAAGAUAGCAACCUGUUGAAUGACCGAGUUUUACAGACAAUGCUCAAAGCAGAGGAAAACUAUCUUCCAUCGCCAAAUUAUUUCAAGUGUGUUCAGAAAGAAAUUGUACCUAAAAUGAGGAAAAUCGUCGCCACAUGGAUGCUCGAGGUUUGUGAAGAGCAGAAAUGCGAAGAGGAAGUUUUUCCAUUGGCCAUGAACUACCUGGACAGAUUUUUAUCUGUGGCACCCACCAAAAAGACCAGAUUGCAGCUUUUAGGAGCAACUUGUAUGUUUUUGGCCUCUAAAAUGAAAGAGACUGUGCCACUAACAGCGGAGAAGUUGUGCAUAUACACGGACAACUCCGUCCGUCCCGGUGAAUUAUUGCAAAUGGAACUGCUGGCACUAAAUAAACUGAAGUGGGAUCUAGCCUCAGUGACACCGCACGAUUUCAUCGAACACUUCCUCGCCAAACUGCCUAUACAUCAGAACUCCAAGCAGAUUCUGCGCAAGCAUGCCCAGACAUUUGUGGCCCUCUGUGCAACAGAUGUCAACUUCAUCGCGAGCCCUCCCUCCAUGAUCGCGGCCGGCAGCGUUGCCGCAGCGGUGCAGGGCUUGUACCUGAAAAGCGCCGAUAGUUGCCUCUCGUCCCAGAACCUCACCAACUUCCUCUCGCAAGUCAUCAGAAGCGAUCCUGACUGCCUGCGAUCGUGUCAGGAACAGAUCGAGUCCCUGCUGGAAUCUAGUCUCAGACAAGCUCAGCAGCACAACAUCUCCACAGAGACCAAAAGAGUGGAGGAGGACGUGGACCUCUCUUGCACCCCCACGGACGUCAGAGACAUUAACAUCUGAACGGAUCGCUAUUCAUCUCGUCUUUGCGAUGAGUCUCUUCAUCUUUGCUUCUGUUGGGUAUGGGCUUUUGGCCAAAGGCUUCAUGAGACAAGAGGGAAAACGGGCUCCCACCUGCACCCCACCAUAUCCGACCAAUACCUCGACAACUUGCCAAUCAGCGCGCCCUAACUGUUGACCGCUGACCGGCACCCCCUUGUGGUUUUGACGAUUGGGCUAUCGCUGGCCCGGACCACCGGUGGAGGACAGGGAAAUCUCUCCUUUGCCCCCAGCCCCCCUCCCCCCUCUAUGUCCUAAGUCAAAAUUAAAAAAAGAUGGUAUCUAGGAUUUUCAAAUUGCAUAAACGACUACGGAAGUCGAGUGUCGUUAAAAAGGCAACCUUGGGUAUUUUAAUUUCAAGCGUGUCCAAAACUAUUUUUGUAAGAGAAGAGACAUUAUGUGUACGUUUGAGUUCUUUCUCUCAUAGAUAGUACCUUGUUACACUUGAGCGCUCCCUGCUUUUUCUGCAGUCCAGCCGUGUAAAUAUAUCCCCGCUUGCUAUGCGUUUAGUCACUUUAUUGUAAUUCCUAGACAGAUUCCCUUAACAAGAUUCUCUUCUCUUCCAAAAUGGUUUAUGUAACCACCGUAGUAUAUAUUUUGUACGCAUGUAUUUUUUGUUUAUGUUCUAGAAGGCUGUGGACUCUCUUUUGAGGCCAGAUUGAACCAUUUCCUUUCAAAUCACUGCCAUAUUAACGUCAUCACUGCCAUGACACAAUAAGCGGAUGUCGUGCCUAAAGCUUGCGUUGUGGUCCACAGUCUGCUUUUUCGUUUAGAUUCAUGUAUUAUCUAAAACCAUUCCAUUUUAAAAAAGAAAAAAAAAGCACUUUCAGUCCGUCGUUUAAGGCUGACUUUUAGAAAGAAAAAAGUAAGAAAUCCACAGUUGUUAAAACAAUGGAAUGGAGCGGAGCAGGUCUCUUUAUCUAAGGUGUUAGCGGUCUGUUUGAGAAAGGAGAAGAGGGGGGCGGGGAGAUCAAUGCGAGGGAACGUUUAAGGUGCGACCCCACAUUCGAAACACUAAAUCAAAGAUUAGAACUUUUCCGAACUUUUCCGUCCCCCCUCUUAAGGCCAGUACGCACGGAUGCCCAAGUGUACCUAAGUUCGAAGUAUAGUGACCCGCUAGUUGCUAACUCGUGACACCAUAGUUGAUGUACUCUGGUCUAGUAAUUGUGGCUUCAAGUAGAUUUUGCACAAACCCAGAGAUGUCAGUUUUGUGGAUCUCUGGAAGGGGAGGAAGAUUAGAGAUGGCAGAGUGAGGCAAAAAAGGGUGAUGGCUGGACAUCAAAGAGUAAAAGCAGAGGAAUAAAACAAAAAAGAAGAGGAGAACCUGGGAGAAGACACUCCUCAUAUUUAGCUGCUAUGGAGGGAUUUCCAGCAAGUAUGAAACUUUCAAAUGGAAAACAACAAAAAAAAAAAGAAAAAGAAAAAGACAUGCUUCUUUCUCUUGUCUUGUUUUGCUGCUAUUUUUGGUUUUGUUUAUAUAAAAUGUCAAUACAAUGCCAUGUAAUAGGUUUUAAUUUUCUCAUAGAAAAUUAUAUUAUUGACAACAUUUUGGUAGGUUUUUUUUUUUUUUUUUUAUGUGAUCAAUUUUUUUGUUAAUGUGAUUUCUACGCUAUGCUAUUCCCAAAACCAAGAAACAAACAAAAAAAAAGACAAAAAAACAACAAAAAGCAGAUGAAAAAGAUAGUCAAACGUUCCUGUUAUACCCACAAUACCUCAAACUACAGUCGUGAUUUAGCAUUGAUUUAGUCUGGGAUUUGUUCUUUAGUGCUAUUGUUAUUUUAUUUGAUUGUUUUUGCCUGUUAGUCCUGUUGUAAAAUGUAAAUGAACAUGUUAAUCAUCAUCCUACUGGGUCCUGAUGCGAGCGAUUAGAAAGCACAUUGAAUGGAAUUGGUGCCAUAAACUCUUUGGAGUUGUUUCAUUAAAGGAGACCUGAGUCUCUUCUAGCCCAU